AUGCCUCCUAACAACGAGCCCGUAACUCUACAACAACAGCAGCAACAACAGCAACGAUGUUGUACAACACCAGUCUCGACUCCCGGUCUGAACCCGCCCUUCGCCGGUCAGCUUGCUGACUGCCUAGAGAAGCCCUCAGAGUCCUCUUGUCUGCCCACUUCAACCUCGGAAGCCUGUUUGGUGAGGAUUAGCACGCCGGCACAGAGUGCAUACUCCUUCGGUCCAAGUCAGCAGAACGUCUGUGCUGGAUGUGGAUAUUUGAUUUGGGAACGCACUCUGCUCAGCGCGGUCGAUAGGAAUUGGCACAACAACUGUCUCAAGUGCUACUGCUGUGGUGGCCGGUUGGCUGAUUUGGGCUCCUCGUUCUUUCUACGUUCCAACAUGUUUCUCUGUAGACAAGACUAUCUAAAGUAA